GUGGGGGAAGAGGUUUUAACUGUCAGACAGAAACAGGAAGCAGCAGCAGAGCUCAAGACUGCAGAGGUGGUUUCAUUUUCUCGAAGCAUUAGAACUCUGCACACACCUGCAUAAAGACGGUCGGACUUCAUCUCACAGCUGUCAUGGACAUUGUAGAGCCCAUCCUGUCCAUCGCCUCACAGAUCUACACUCUGGUUGAGAAUGUGAAGGCCAACAAGAAGCGCUGCCGGCGUGUUUCUGGCCGAGUCAAAGCUUUGGAGGAGCUGGUGAAGUCCAUCAAGCAGCCUUCCCCAGAGGUAGAAAAAGCCCUCAGGGAACUGUCUCUCACUCUGCAAUCGGCGCAGGAGCUCAUCAGGAAAUACGCCUUGGCCAAUUUGGUGGAGCGCAUCCUGAACUCCAGCAACCACGGAGAGGAGUUCAGCAGUGUGAACGAACGGCUCAAUGACGCCUUCCAGGUCCUGUCUGGAGCUCUGCAGGUGGAGCAGGGCAACAUGCUGCACGAAGUGUUUAAGCAGACAGUCAGAGAGAAAGAAGACGAGCUGGACGGGAGGGAGGACGACGCAGAGCUGAAGAGAUUGCUCCUGGACUACAUGAAGGAUCAGCAAGAGAAAACCAAUGCCAUGCUGAGACAGUUUGAACAUGUUAAAGUCAAUGUGGAAAAAGUCCUGGACUUGUUGAAUAAGCCCAGCAUCACCAGUGUGGGCAUCCGAAUGAUUAGACCAGAGGAGCUGAAGUAUGAACAUCCAAAAAAGCCCUUCAUGAAAACAGCGACCUCAGAGGUGUACAAAGGAGAAUAUCAUGGAUUCACAGUGGCCAUCAAGAGAUACAUCGACCCUAACAACACCAGCCCGGGAAAGGUGCAGUCUAUUUUCAACAAGGAAGUUGACACCAUGAAGCGCUUUGAGUCGCCCAACAUCCUGCGAAUGUUUGGUAUCUGUAUCCAGGGUGAGAGCGGACCCAGCUCUCAGUUCUUCAUCAUCAUGGAGUAUUGCGAAAAAGGAAGUCUUCGCCAGGUUCUGGACUCUGACUGCAGGCUGUCCUGGAUCAGGAAAGCUCGUAUGUGUUUGGAUGCAGCGCAGGGACUCUAUCGACUGCACAAUACGGAAGAAAAAUAUAAGGUUCACGGGUGCAUCAACAGCAGCAAGUUCCUGGUGGCUGAAGGCUACACCGUCAAGCUGGGGGGUUUUGAGUUGGCACAAACAGAUACGUCGCUGAAAAAGGUGAAAAAAACAAAGGACAACGCAGUCAGGUCCCUGUGCUACUUCUCCCCUGAGAGUCUCAAAGACAUCAACCAUCCCUACAGCAAGGAGUGUGAGAUUUACAGCUUUGGAAUCGUCCUGUGGGAAGUUGCAACCCGUCAGAAACCUUUUGAAGGUUUCUCAGAUGUAGACUUUCGUAAGAAAGUGUGCGAAGAGAAGUAUCAAGAGCCUCUUCCUGAUGACUGUCAUGCAGAACUGGGACAGCUGAUCAAUGAGUGCAGGGACUUCGACAGCUUCCAGAGACCCUCAGGAGGAGUGCUGGUGGAUAGAUUGCGCAGUGUGGUGGCACAAUUAGAGGACCAAUGAAACUCAUCCUCGGGAGAGGAAACACAACUCUGCAUAAAACUGGCUUUUAAUUGAAACACAGUCCCAGUCCUGAAAAAACAAACUCAGAAUUGCACAGUUUAAUUUGUGUGACAAAUUAAAAAAGU